AGUUGCGUUCCGCAUUCCAUUUUCCGCCCAACGCAAACCAAGAAAAAAGCCAAAAACAAAACACCAUAACCACAACCUUCCUUUCUUCCUUUCUUCCUUUCUUCCCUUCUUCCUUCCCACUUACACUUACACUUUCACUUACACCUCCACCACCACUGCCUUCUUCUCCGCCUUCUAUUAACUCUCCCACAACCUCACUGAACGCUCUGCUCUUCCCUGCAGGCCCCUACCCUUCUCAUACUCUUCUUCUCCCAGGAUGUUGGUUCUCGAUUGCAUUAGGUUUUUCUGAAUAAUAAUUUGAGUUCUCGCGGAUCUCUGUUUCCCUUUACACGAAUCUUCUUCACAUUGUUAACUGCUUUUCCUUAACUCCUAGUUUCUUUCAAUACUUCUUCUCCAGCUCUCCUCAUUCCUUUUCUUUUCCUAGAAUUUUUUCCCUUGGAAAUUUCUCUAUGUGAUGACACAAGUCACUGGAUAUGAAGAGGAUUCCAGAGUCAAAAGCACUACCAUUAUUUCUGCCCAUAGAGAUGCUUCCAGAAUCAAAUGUACUUCCAGGAAAAUUUUGUGUUUUGGAUGAUAUACCGAAAGCACAUGUGGCCUCAGCCAAGCAAGCUGGCCACUGGUCGAACAUGCACUCAGCUAAGGUAAGAGACGUUGGAAGAUCAAUUGGGCAAGGAUUUCAAGAUUCAGAAAUUUCUGUACCUGUACGGACAUCGAAGGGAAAAUCCUCUUUUUUGGGGCAGGAAGACGCUAAGCGUGAUGUCACUUUAAAGGGUAGUAGCUCUUUGAUUGAGGAGGGUGGUCCAAGUUCCUUCUCUGGGGCCAGCCACCCGCCAGAGCCCGUUGAUAUGGAUCUAAUGAGAACUGUUUAUGUACCCAUUGGGCAAAAUAAGCCUGAUCCUGGCUGCUUGAUGAAGAGUUUUUCCGUAAAGGGCCCUUUUCUGGAAGAUCUUUCAAUCAGGGUUCCACCCAAGAAACCAAGCCCUGCUGUUCUCUCUCCUGCAGAAAGCUUAGUUGACGAGCCGCAUGACUUGGGUGUUUUAUCUUCCCCCUUUUCAAUUCCUCGUGCAUCACAAAAUACAGAAACUUCUCUACUUCCCCCAGAUUCUGAGGAGAAGGAAUGCGUUUGGGAUGCUUCUUUGCCACCAAGUGGCAAUGUAAGUCCACACAGUAGCAUUGACAGUAGUGGAGUUGUCACAGCUAUGAGCAUUGUUAAUAGUUGUGCUAGCACUUAUCGAAGUGAUGGAAUGGUUAGUAUUGAACGGAACUGUGAGAGUGCAAAAGGAAGCAUGAGAGGGGACUCUCUCGAGAGUGCAAAAACAAGUGUUAGUCGAGCUAGUGAUAGCAGUGGUCUCAGUGACGAUAGUAGUUGGAGCAACAUCACAGGAAGUGCUAAUAAGCCCCACAAAGGAAACGAUCCGAGGUGGAAAGCCAUCCUUGCUAUUCGAGCAAGAGAUGGAAUAUUAGGCAUGAGCCAUUUUAGACUGCUGAAAAGACUUGGUUGUGGUGAUAUUGGCAGUGUUUAUCUCUCAGAGCUAAGUGGAACGCGCUGUUAUUUUGCAAUGAAAGUAAUGGACAAGGCAUCGCUUGCUAUAAGGAAGAAGUUAACGAGAGCUCAAACAGAAAGGGAGAUCUUGCAGUUACUUGACCAUCCAUUUCUGCCGACUUUGUACACCCAUUUUGAAACUGACAGAUUUUCCUGUCUAGUAAUGGAAUAUUGUCCAGGGGGAGACCUGCACACUUUGAGGCAACGGCAACCGGGGAAACACUUCUCUGAGUAUGCUGCGAGGUUCUAUGCUGCUGAGGUUUUACUGGCUCUCGAAUAUCUUCACAUGCUUGGAGUGGUCUAUAGGGACUUAAAACCGGAGAAUGUAUUGGUUCGCGAUGAUGGCCACAUAAUGCUCUCGGAUUUCGACCUUUCACUAAGAUGUGCAGUGUCACCCACCCUGAUAAAAACUUCAUACGAUUCUGACCCAUCAAAACGAGCUGCAUUCUGUGUCCAGCCUGCCUGUAUUGAGCCAUCAUCAGUUUGCAUCCAACCUGCAUGUUUUAUUCCUCGACUCUUCCCUCAGAAAAGCAAAAAGAAAAGUCCCAAGCCUCGAAGUGAUUUUGGGUUGCAAUCCAGUACUCUUCCUGAGCUGGUAGCAGAGCCUACUGCCGCCCGCUCCAUGUCUUUUGUUGGCACCCAUGAAUACCUAGCCCCUGAAAUCAUCAAAGGAGAGGGUCAUGGAAGUGCUGUUGACUGGUGGACUUUUGGCAUUUUCUUGCAUGAACUAUUGUAUGGAAAGACCCCCUUCAAGGGAUCGGGAAACAGAGCCACACUAUUCAAUGUAGUAGGGCAGCAGCUGAAGUUCCCAGAGUCUCCGGCAACUAGUUAUGCCAGCCGAGAUCUUAUUCGAGGUUUGCUAGUAAAGGAGCCCCAGCAUCGACUCGGAGUGAAGAGGGGAGCAACGGAGAUCAAGCAGCAUCCUUUCUUUGAAGGUGUGAAUUGGGCUUUGAUACGAUGCAGCACACCCCCAGAAGUGCCAAGACCAAUGGAGGCCGAACUGCCCAAGUUUGGGGUAGUUGACACAACAGGGGUUGGCAGCAGCAGUAAGAGGAUGGUAGGUACAGAUGUUGUUAAGUCUGGUGGUCAAUAUCUUGACUUCGAGUUCUUUUAACUCUCGGAUUGCAGGAUAGUUUGUUGGCGUCUAAAAGUAAUUGUUCGUUAAUGUUAAAAUGUGUUAUUUCACUAUUCAAUCUGCCUCGUAGUUAGAUAUUCCACUCCUAGAAUUGGUGCAUUUGAUAAAUUGGUGUCGAAAGAAUCCACGUAAUGAGGGGGCUGUCUAAUAUGAACAAAUCAUUUAGAGAUUGAGCAGUUCUUCGAUUUGUACACUGCACUAAAUUACGAAUUCCUGAACGAUGGUUGUGUCCAUUUUGGAUGAAUGAGACUUAAGACUCUAUUGAGUAA